GCUGAAGAGAAACAGUUUUGAAGAUCGACCGUUUAGCACGAAUUUUGCACAAAAUGGCCCUCUGUACUGUAUAAAGACGACAUUUCCUGACUACUGGGAAUACAGGGGAGUGUGGAGAGGGAGGGACAGGACCUCCACCCUGGCACUACCCAGAGAGAGGAGGAGCUGUCAAUGAGGGAGGUGUAAAAGAGGGAGGACGUAACCACCAACUUGGCAACCAGUGAGUCCAGACCCACAUGCCAGAUGAAGAGCCUCCAGUUCCGAAGCAUCGCCCCCAAGGUCCCUGCCAUGGUGCCCUCCCCUGCGCUCCUCUCCUGCCAGCCUCCCCCUGCUGUACCUGAGGCCUCUACUGCCUCAAGCCCCAAGUCCAUCAUUGUGCCCACCCAAAACUAUGCACUGAUGCAGAUAGCUGGUCAGGAUGGUACCUUCUCACUGGUGGCACUGCCCCCUUCGGUCUCCUCCCAGACAUCACAGCAACAACAAACCCAGUCUGUACAAAAAAACCUCAAGUUGCCCAUUCCCAGAUACCAGCCCAUGAGGAGCAAAGGGACCCCAGAAAAGAUAAAAUUGCCACCAUCUGCUGUAAGAGUAAAAAUGCCUACUAAAGUUAAUGUGGCAGCACGGACAAGGUCAGCAAUGGGAGGACCAUCCCCAGCGAUGAAGAAGCAACUGGAGUCCAAGGAUGGAAAGGAGAACCCGUUGUCUAAGGGGGAACCUUCAGAACCGGUAAUAUUAAUUGACCCAGCAGCCUCUGAGAUUUCUGUCACAGCUCUGCUUCCAGACAACACUGUUCUGUAUUCUGCAUCUCAGCUGGAGAAAUCUACAGAUGGCCCUGAAAGACCAGCUACAACCAGCCUUCUUCAGAAACUCCACCUUCCUCCAGCUACUGCCAAAAACUCAGGAAAAGCUCCAGAGGAGGACACCAAGACCACAUUAAGGCCUUGCCAAUCCAAGCCUGCCACAGCCCAGACUCCAGGCAGCAUUACUGUCCUUUCACCAGCCAUCUUUAGCAAAGCAGUUCAGAUUAUCCCCUCCCCACCGAAAGGCAAGCUGCCCAUUUUGCCCUACUCUAAGAUGAAGAGUGCCCUCAUCCCAGCUGCCAAGCUCAGCACCAUAUCCCCAGAAAAGAAGGGUUUCUCUGGCCAGCCAGACCUCACCUACCCCUUAGAUCCAACAGCCAAGACCCCCGAGACAGCUGAAGUCUUGAGCCACAACCAGGUGCCAAACUCCCUUUUUCAACCCCAGGCCAAGACCACACUAAUGCUGGGUGCCCUGCAGAAACCACCUGGCAAAAAAAGAGGGAGGAAGAGAAAGACAAUGGAAGACAUCUUAGCAUUUGAGGCACGAAAGAAGAGAUCCUUGUCAUUUUUCCGUAGGAGGAUCCCAGAGAGGAUCCCAGAGAAACCCCCAGGAAAUGUUACAGGCGCCAAACAAAAGGAAGUUGAUAUUUCAAAAAAGUAUCGCAGCAUCCGACCCAAACCCAUGCUGGUCAUGGAGACAGUUCCCCAGCUGAUGAGCUUACCUGCCAUUACUUCAGAUGGCCAGGAACAGGAGCUCUUACUGGGACACCAACUCUCCACCACAGCUACAACCAAGGCCUUAGAUGGUCCUCCCCAUCCAGCCCCUGUAACCUUCCAUCUUAGGGGUGCUUCGCACCAGAGAGUGUUCAUAGGCAGCCGUCCACUGCACCGCUGCCCCACCUGCAGCCGCUGCUUCCAGUUCAAGCACCACCUUCAGAGCCACAUGAACAGCCACACAAACAGUAGGCCCUACAUCUGUCCAGUCUGCCGCAAGGCCUAUGCCCACUCUGGAAGCCUCAGCACGCACAUGAAGCUUCACCACUCUGAGGGACGCCCACGGAGGACACUGUGCUGCGAGUUCUGCGAGAAGGCCUUUGGAUAUGUGGGGGUGUACUUCAGUCAUCUCCGAGAGGUGCACAAGGUAGUGCUGACUGUGGAGCCCUCCGUCAGCCAGCAUGAGGACGAUGUGCCUGUCGAGGGGGCCAAUGCUCCAGAGCUAUCAGAUGAGCAGGGCCAGGAACGUGAGGAUCCAGUGGAGCUCCAGAUCAAAUGUGGCCGCUGCCAGGCAAUCACACCCACCUUUGCCGACAUGAAGCUGCAUUUGCUUUAUGUGCACGGUGAGGAGGUCCAGGUGCGAGUGCACAACGGUCAAGUCCUGCGUGGGGGACGUGAGGCAGAGGAUGAGCUUGUCAAGCAUGCCGCCCACUAUUGGCGGCAGCUCAAUGAGAAGCGAAACCUGGUCAAGUGUGGCAGCUGCGAUGAGGAGUUCUUUUCCUUCUCCAAGCUCAAGAGGCACAUCCUGUCCCACCACCGCGGUGAAGGAGGGGAGGAGGAGGACAACGGUACACCCUCAUCACUGGAUGGCGGCGGGGGCCUGGGGAUUCUUGGAGCAGGCUUGGCCUUUAAUUGUGUGCUUUGCAGUGAAGUGCUGGACACAAAGGAGGGAGUGAUGGAGCACUGGAGGAGUCACCACCACUGUGAGCAGCCCAGCCUACUCUGGGACGCCCUGAGCUCCUACCCCGGCCAGGGAGAGGGUGAGCUAGAGGGGGACAUGGACACACCUGCUCCAAGCCCACACUGA